UUAGCAGUGGGUCACCCACAGUGGUAUAGAAAUGAAAUCUUCUUGUGGUGGUUCUGUAAAACUCAAAUAUUUAUACUGAAUGUCUUGCUUUUGGGGAUAGUUCUUGGUUUUUAUCAGGGUUUUUCAAAACUUGGAGUCAGUCAACCAUUUUUCAACAGUCUUUGGAAGCUGUUCAUUUUUUAUUUUUUUAUUUUUGUUUCAAGAGUCCAAGUUCCCAAGCAACUAGGACCUGCAAACAGCUAUCUUUAGUUGUAUUUACGCUUCUUGUUGCCUGGGAACCCUAGCGGUGCUACACACCUCAUCCCAAACAUGCAGUAAGAUUACUGAAUGAUACUUGCAGUCCCAGUUGAUUUGCAGUUUAGGAAUAGUCUGGUUAGAAAGACAUAGGUCAGUGUUAACCUUGAUUGGUGGAGAGACAAUAUGAGCAAUCAAGAAGUGGCCAUUCUGAAUGUGGGAGGCUCAAAAUUUACAACAUGGGUUUCCACCCUGCAGAGGUUCCCAGAGUCCAGGUUAGCACGGAUGUUGAAUGGCAAUGACCAUGAAUUCAGGCUGGUGAAUGGACAAUUCUUUGUGGACAGAGAUGGAACUUUGUUUAAUUACAUCCUGGAUUUUUUGAGGACACUCCAGCUUUCUCUGCCCACGGACUUUUCAGACUAUCAGAGGCUGCAAAGAGAAGCAGACUUCUAUGAGCUCCACUCCCUGGCUGAUCUCCUGAGCCAGGAAAACUUGCUGAAGCCGAGACCAGAGAUCUUGGAAGUGCGCUUCUUGCUCCAUGAAACUCAGGCCUUUUUCCGAGUCUUUGGCUCUUGCAGCAACACUAUUGAGGUACUGGCUGGACGGGUCACUAUGUUUACAGAGCAGUCCUUGAGACAGAACUGGAAUAAUAAUCCUUUCCCUUCUCAGAAGCUCCUCACUCCACUUCCUUUGGAGAGACCUUCUCAUCAUGACCUGGUUUUUCAAUGUGGCACUGACUACGCUGCUGGUGACCAGUUGGUGACAAGGUAUGUCUCUAUAAAACCUGAUGAUAGAAAGCUGAUUAAUGGAACUAAUGUACUGGGCCUACUAGCUGACACUUUACUUAAAGAAGGAUUUCACCUUGUAAGCACCAGAACAGUCUCCACCGAAGAAAAAGUUGAAUGCUACAGUUUUGAAAGGCUGAAGAGGCCAGAAGCCCUUUUUCUCACUGCCAACCAAAGCCCAGAAAGCACUGGUGGAGCACAGAUGAAGUUAACUCCAAGGCACAAGCAGAAAUGA